AUGGACUUUUCGGAUCCUCUUCCACUUAUAGAGCGUCCAGAUACUAUACCAACGUAUGAAAUAGAACCAGAACUGCAAUAUAGGUGGUCUUUAAAGACUUAUGGGUACCUUUUGAUCGCGACUACGUGGAUCUUGUUCAUUGUUUCGAUCAACCUGUUUUUCAGGAUAUGGUCGUUCAUCAUAUACCCGUGGUCACUCAACCCUAGCACUCAGGAACUACAUGCGUACUUAACAGUGGUAUUCGAGCAAAUAGACAACUUGAUCGUAAGCGGCUGGUGCAUAUAUGUGAUGCUAUGGUGGUGGUCGUUGGUGUCGUGGUGUAGCUUGAAGUUAUUUAGACAUUCGAAGGGCCUUCAAGCAUAG